AUGAGUUCCUCCGCCGGCAAUCCCAAGACUGCCGUCGUCACCGGCUAUCCCAACACUGCCGUCGUCAUCGGCUGCCCCGUCCCCGCCUCCGGAUCGAACGGCUCCCCUCUCCCGCGACACUUCUACCCUCCUCCUCCUCCUCCUCCUCCAGCGUACGCUCCUCCUCCUCCCCGCUCCCGCUACACCACCAUAUGCAUAUUCCUUACCCGCCAUUGGAACCUCGCCAUGGGGGUCUUCAUGGCCCUCGUCUUCCUCGCCGUUGUCAUCAUCAUUCCCGUCCUCUUCCUCGUCCCCCGCAUGUCCGAGUUCGCCGUCUCUUCCGCUUGCGUCACUGGCUUCAACCUCUCCUCCGCUCAACAGCAGCAAUUGUCCGCUUCCUUCGACCUCAACCUCACCGUCCACAGCCCCAACCGUCUGAUGCGCAUCUACUACGAGCAAGUCACCGCCAGCGUGGUAUAUGCCUCCGACAUCUUGUCCGAAAACACUCUCGCACCCUUCGAUCAAGGGAAGGGCGAAACCACCGUUCUCAGAGUUCGGUUGGCGGUGGUCGGGGAGUACGUCAAUUCCGAUGUGGCGAGGGGGAUCGAGUCGGACCGUGGGCGAGAUGGUGCAGUAGGAUUCAAUGUUAGGGUUUUCUCCUGGGUUAUAUUUCGAUCCGGAGCACGGACGACCAGAUGGUCUAUCUUGAGUGUUCACUGUGAUGACGUUCUGAUUGGGUUCGGGAAUGGUACGGCUAGCACCGGUUGUCUGCUUGGCUCGGCACCAAAGAAGUGUAUUGUAAUCUCUGACUCUAAGUAG